AACAAUAUCUCAAAUCCAAAGAACUCAACUAUCUCUUAGAAAAACCAAAAACAGUUCAUCACCCCAAACUUUCGAAAUGGCUCGUACCAAGCAGACAGCUAGGAAAUCAACCGGAGGCAAAGCUCCAAGGAAGCAGCUGGCGACCAAAGCGGCGAGGAAAUCAGCCCCAGCCACCGGAGGAGUGAAGAAGCCACACAGAUUCAGACCUGGAACCGUCGCGUUGAGGGAGAUCAGGAAGUACCAGAAGAGCACUGAGCUUCUCAUCCGUAAGCUCCCUUUCCAGAGGCUUGUGAGAGAGAUCGCUCAGGAUUUCAAGACCGAUCUCCGUUUCCAGAGCAGUGCCGUCGCCGCUCUCCAGGAAGCUGCUGAGGCUUACCUUGUUGGACUCUUCGAAGACACCAAUCUCUGCGCUAUCCACGCCAAGAGAGUCACCAUCAUGCCCAAGGACAUCCAGCUCGCCAGAAGAAUCAGAGGCGAACGUGCUUAGAUCUCUCGAGUAUUACUAUUCUGGUGUGCCUUUUGUGUUUCUUCUUUAGAUCGAUCGAGUCAUGAAUGUAAAAUUUCACGUUUAAUCCAAGUGUUUUCAAUAUUAAUUCCAAUCAAACUACCUUAAUUCGA